AUGCAGGUCACAACCCUCCUUUCCCUCGCGGCCGUCGUGACUACCGCCAUCGCCGGUGUUGUCGACACUCACCCCUGGAAGGCGCCCACGAAAAAUGACCGCCGAGGCCCUUGCCCUAUGCUAAACUCCCUCGCGAACCACGGCUUUAUCGCGCGCAGCGGCAAGGACAUCUCGAUUGACCAGCUCGUCAACGCGAUUGAGGAGGCCAUCAACAUCAGCCCCAACUCUACCCGCCCCGUCGUCGAGUUCGGUGCCACGACCUCUACUACCGGGAACCCCAACACCUUCCACCUCAGUGACUUGAACAAACAUGGAGUCAUCGAGCACGAUGGCAGUCUGAGCCGAAAUGACCUGUACUUUGGUGACAACCACAGCUUCAACUCCCGCAUCUACGACACCGUCGCCAAGUUCUUCACCAAGUCCACCAUCUCCAUCGAGACCGCCGCCCGCGCCCGCAAGGCCCGCCUCGCCGCUGCCGCCGCCGCCAACCCCCAGUUCCAGUAUGGCGAGCAGGAGGAGACCGUCAGCUUGUUUGAGACCGCCCUCUACCUUGCUACCUUCGGCACUGGUACCCAGGGUAACGCGCCUACCAAAUAUGUCAACAUCUUGUUCCGCGAGGAGCGACUUCCUUACAAGGAGGGCUACUGCAAGCCCACCCGUGUAAUCAGCAACGAUGAUAUUGUAGAGCUGGCGGACAAGGUCCGUGCCGCGGCGUAA